UUAGUUUUUGAGUCAUAGGAGGGGAGGCAAAGAGGGGUGUGGACUUAAAAAAGAAGGCGGGGCUAAAGCAGGCGGACGGGUAGUCUCUCAUGUUUGUACUUUGCCAGGCUGAGUCUGAAAAUACUGUUCGAGACAGACAGACAGCCAUCAAACACACCGCCAUCAUGCUGAUUCUCCUCGCUGCCAUCUUUGCCCUGCAUAUCAUUGCCAUUAUUCUACUCCUGGUGGCAACCAUCGAUAAUGCUUGGUGGGUGACUGAAACCAUAUCCACUGAUGUGUGGUUCCGGUGGGUAUUAGUGAAUGGAGAAUGGAACGCCACCGACCUUCCGACAGGCUCACACUACCCACAGGACUAUCUCCAGGCAGUGCAAGCUACCUCAGUGCUAGCCUGUAUAUUCUCCAUCCUGGGAAUCUUCGUCUUUGCAGCUCAGCUCUUCACUUUGAACAAAGGACAGAGGUUCACCAUCUCUGGCGUUUUCCAAAUCCUUGCCUGUCUCUGCAUCAUGAUCGCCGCCUCCAUCUACACAGAUCGUUUCCAUCUGGAUGAGAGUAUCGGUUCUUAUGGUCACUGCUAUAUCCUAGCAUGGAUCGCCUUUGCGCUCACGUUUAUCUCCGCCAUCACUUAUUUUGUGCUACGCAAGAAGACAGCAUGAGAAGAACACCAGAAACAAAACCCAUCCAACCAAAAUGGUUAGGGUGGAUUGAUUGUUUUAGCAAAAAACCUGAUCUUUAGUUACUGAGCAAUAGCAGAUUGCAACAUUCCACAAUGGCAGGAGAAUAGAGGCACAACCAAUUUAAGUUGUAUUGCUGUGGAAUAUUACUUCCACAAAUGUGCAUAUGAUGCAAAAAGAAAGUAAGAGCCAGCAUCAAUUUCUGUAACAAAAAAAGGAUUUAACAGUUAAAAUGUACGUAAUUUUAAAUAUGGAUAGAAGUGGAUUUAAAAAAAAAAAAAGGGGGUGCGUCUAUAAUUUUUUAAGGUUUUUUCCCCCCAUUAUUUUAUUGUAAGUUUAUCAAGUUAAAUUCAUAUAUUUUAUAUGAGCUUUCUUUGUGAUAAGUGUUACUAAAAUUCAUUCUGGUGCUGCCCUAUGACGAUGGCAUCGGUCCAAAAUGACAUGUUGGUAGAUUUAAGGAUGACUUGAUGCCAAUAUAUUUUCCAGUAAACAAUGAUGUGUGCUUGUUUAGAAAUUAUUUAAUAUUAGAAAGAGUUUAACAGUCAUAUGUUCAAAGAUACAAAUCUUUCAGUUAUAUAAGUCCGUUCUAAAUGAUCUUUUGAAUUGAAUGCUUUCGGAAUUUUUUUUUUAAAUGAUAAAUUUUACUAUGGUAAGAAUAAUUUUCACCUUCUAAAUGUCAUAUUGCUGACUUAGGAAUUGACACUGCCUUUACAUAAUUAAAUGUAAAUAUGUUUCCUGUUAUGCUUUGUAUAUCUAAUGCUGUUCUGUUUUGUUGUUUGUCAUCAUGGAUGAUUAUUUUUACGAUAAUAAAAAGAGAUUCCCGA